CGCGGCUUUCACUUGCCAUUUCGACGCCGAUUACAGCCAUGGCGCAUGCGAUGUCCCGGGAACUAACGAAUGCUGAGGUAGCUGUGUUUGCGGCCAUCCAGCGCGGCGACUACGGCGACGUCUGCGCGUUCUUGAAGAAGUUGGGCAAUGUCAAUAUUGCCGAUCCGGCCAAGAAGACAAGCGAGUACACGUAUACGCUUGUGCAUGCGACGCUCGAGGCCUUUUGUACGGGGCGCCACGCCAUUGAAAAUUACUUGAAGCUGGGCAAAGACGCCAAGACGACGCAGGUCCAGGCACUCUGCAAAACGCAGCUCGAAAUUCUGGACCUCGUCCUACGCACUCGCUUUGACGCGAUGCAAGUGUGCAGCCAGGAUGCCACGACGCUGCCGACCUUGACGAUGCGAUGGGUUGAGCCGCCGCAUACCGUCGCGUUCUUCAAGGUCCUCAUGCAUCGCGAUCACACCCACAGCGGCAUCAAGCCCAACAUGUGCGACCUUGUGCCCGGUCAGCCAUGCGUCUUUGAGGCGGUUCAGCGCCGCAAUUUCGAAGCCGCAACCUUCUUUUUCGCACAUGGUAUCGAAGUGACGACCAUGAACGAGGACGGCGAGUGUCUUUUGUACAACGCCGUCAUGCGCCGCGACCUGCUUGCGGUCGAGUUCCUGCUCCGUCAAACGGAUAUCAACGUCAACCAGCUCACGUUUUAA